ACAGCUGCAAGUUGUGCUUUCCCCUUCCUUCUGCAGAUCUUCUCCAUCGUGGUGUUUGGCUCCAUCGUGAACGAAUGCUACGUGAACAAGGACAGCCAGGACCCCGAGCUCCUCUGCAUCUUCAACCAGAAUGAGAGUGCCUGCAGUUAUGGCAUCGCCGUUGGCAUUAUGGCCUUCUUUGGCUGCAUCUUCUUCUUUGUUGUGGACCUCUACUUCCAGCAGAUCAGCAGCGUGAAGGACCGCAAACGGGCCGUCCUGCUGGACCUUGGGUUUUCAGGUUUCUUGUCCUUCCUGUGGUUUGUAGCUUUCUGCUUUCUCGCAAACCAGUGGCAACGGACAACGAUGAGCAAAGGGGUUUCGCAAGGAGCAGAUGCCGCCCGGGCAGCGAUCGCCUUCUCCUUCUUCUCCAUCAUCGCCUGGGUGAGUUCAGCUUCUGGACGUUCAGAGGACCCUAGGCUGGCAGCGCGGUUGGGGACCUGCUGGUCCUUAUCCCGGGGUGCAGCACAGCCCCGGGGGUUGGGACCGUCCCGGGCACAAGGUGGUCAAGGGCUUGCUGCCACCUGCGGCCGGAGCGCAGCCUUGACGGGGCUCUGCCGCACGUUGCUGCGUGGGGGCGAGGGGCAGCAGGGCACAGUCCUGGCACUGAGCCGCUGCCGGGAGGAUGCUUGGGGGUGCGGGUAG